AUGGUCCAAAGCCUCGCGGAACUAAACGGGGCGAUCGCAGUUGUGGCCAAGCCGUACAAUGUCCUUGACCACCCGUCGUGGUUGGGGUUGGAAGACGGCUCGGUCGCAGCAUACUUCCGCAGAGGAGGUGAUUGCGAGUUUUCGGUUCUCUCUCCUUUGGAGAGAGGCCAAGUGUUUGUUGUAAUCCAAUGGAGAAAACUAACGGUGAUAGGGGUUUACUUCUCGCCGUCGAGGACCCUCGAGGAACUGGACGGGUUCUUGGACGAGCUGGGCCGGGUCGUUCGCCGGCACCAGACUUGUCCAAUGCUGGUCCUGGGGAACUUUAACUCCAAAUGUACGGCUUGGGGUUCCCCCAGGACCGACUCAAAGGGUGAGGCUUUAGAGGCCUUUGCGGCGGUUAGCGGGCUUGUAGUUCUUAACUAA